AUGCAAGGCAUCACAGAGUUGAACGAAUUGAUGAAGAACAACGCCAACAACGAUAAGGGUUCGCUUUUGGAGGCUCUGGAACGAAUCUCAAGGAUUGCGAGACCAGAAACACCGGGGCCUGUAGUAGACGGGGGAAGUGACGAGGAAGUGGUGAGAUUUAAAGAAAGACACACAAUUCGGAGGGUACAACAAUUCGGAGGUACAAGGAGGUUCAAAAUGAUUUUGGGAUACGAAAUCCACAAAUCGGCGGUACAAGACUCGAAUUUUUUUCAGGUACUUUGUAACUUCGAAUUGAGCAUUUUGUACCCCUACAUUGCGUUGACCCUAAUGACCCUAAAAUUUUUGUACCCUCCGAAUUAUCUGCCUUCAAGAAAGCUACCUGAAAAAGAGUUAUGGCAAUCUUUAGGAUCAGGUCAACCCGGGAGAAGUAGAACUGGAAGGCUCGGCAAGGCGCCAAGAAUUUCUUCUGUGAAUGGAACAGCCGGAAGGCAUGGAGGUGGAUUCUCUGGAGGACAUCCAGCAGGAGGACCGGGAAUCGGGCCAACACUUGGAUUUGGGCCAGGAGGCUUUGCGGUCCCUGGCCCAUCAACUGGAUUUGGACCGGGUGGUUUUACCGGAGGCUUCGCAGUCUCUGGGCCAUUGUCAGGAGGUCCCAAUAGAGGAUUCCCAAUCCCUGGACAUUCAACUUCUGGGCCAGGAGGUCCUAGAUUUGCGGUUCCUGGACAAGCCUUCGAAGGACUGCAAAGAGGGAUUGGUCAAGUCAGCGGUGCAAGAGGAGGACAAGGAAGUAGAGAGCAAGCUGCAGGGGGUGGAGGAGCACCCGGAAACAGCUCAAAGUGA